UUUUGUAUCUCUCGUAGCCGGAACUCAUUAGACACCAAACGGCAUGGCUACUGUAACUGGUGAACUGUCCAAGAAGCGCCAACAGUGAGGUUAAGUUGAACUGCUUAGUUGUUAGCCAGCGGCCGCUAGACAACUCAUAGAUAAAAAACAAUGAUACUUGGCUGUCAAAUGAUUGCACGCGGCGCACUUAGUCAGCAGAUGCUUUUGUCAUCACUGCAACUGCCAAUAGCGAUUACUGCGAGAUUACACCAUGUGACAGCCAGGCAACUGGCGCCAAGCAAAAACACGAAACUUGAGCUGAAACGCCGUCUGAAGGCUGAGCAGAAAGCCAAGGAGAAAGUUGAGAAGGAAACAACGCGCUUAGCAACUGCUGCUGUGGGAACAGCGUCAGAAACGGGACAGAAGAAGAAAUCUGCUGCCGAGCAGGAGGAGGAGAUCUCGCCAAAUGAGUACUUUAAGCUGAGAUCGGCUGCUGUCGCUGAACUGAAACAAUCGCCCGAAACUCAUCCGUAUCCACACAAAUUCCAUGUGAGCACCUCGCUGGAGAACUUCAUUGCCCAGUAUACCGAGCUCAAGGAUGGUGAGACGCUCGAUCAGGUCAAUCUAAGCGUAGCGGGACGCAUUCAUGCCAUACGCGAAUCGGGCGCCAAGCUCAUUUUCUACGAUUUGCGCGGCGAGGGUGUCAAGCUCCAGGUGAUGGCCAGUGCCAAGUCAUACAAAAAUGAGAUGGCCUUCGAACAGGACACGGCCAAGCUGCGUCGUGGCGACAUUAUUGGCGUCAACGGCCAUCCCGGCAAGACCAAGAAGGGCGAACUCUCAAUUAUGCCCACUGAGCUCAAGCUGCUCUCGCCCUGUCUGCACAUGCUGCCCCAUCUGCACUUCGGGCUCAAGGACAAGGAGACACGCUAUCGCCAGCGUUAUCUGGACCUAAUUCUCAAUAACAAAGUUCGCGAAACUUUCCAGAUACGCGCAAAGAUUAUUUCAUAUGUGCGCCAGUUUCUGGAUCGUCUGGGCUUCCUCGAGAUUGAGACACCAAUGAUGAAUAUGAUUGCUGGCGGCGCCACCGCCAAGCCUUUUGUUACGCACCACAACGAACUCAAAAUGGAUCUCUUUAUGCGCAUUGCACCGGAGCUGUAUCAUAAAAUGCUCGUUGUUGGCGGUUUGGAUCGCGUUUACGAGAUCGGACGUCAGUUCCGCAAUGAGGGCAUCGAUAUGACACACAAUCCCGAGUUCACCACAUGCGAGUUCUACAUGGCGUAUGCCGAUUAUCAUGAUGUGAUUGAGCUCACUGAGCAAAUGGUUUCUGGCAUGGUUAAAGCUAUACAUGGCUCAUAUAAAAUCAAAUACCAUCCGGACGGACCAGAUGGUAUCGAACAGGAACUGGACUUUACGCCACCAUUUAAGCGCGUUUCCAUGAUCAAAACGCUCGAGGAGAAGCUGCAGGUCAAGUUCCCCUCGGCCGACACCUUUAACAGUCAGGAGACGAACGAGUUUCUCUCCCAGCUGUGUGCCAAGCAUCAGGUGGAAUGCCCGGCGCCACGGACCACAGCCCGUCUGCUGGACAAGCUGGUCGGGGACUUUAUCGAGGAAACAUGCAUUAAUCCCACUUUUAUUUGCGAUCAUCCGCAAAUUAUGUCGCCACUCGCCAAGUACCAUCGCAGCAUGCCUGGCCUAACAGAGCGCUUCGAGCUCUUCGUGGCCAAAAAAGAGGUGUGCAAUGCAUAUACGGAACUGAACGAUCCUGUCGUGCAGCGCGAACGUUUCGAGCAGCAGGCUAACGACAAGGCCGCCGGCGAUGACGAGGCUCAAAUGGUGGAUGAGAACUUUUGCACGGCUCUUGAAUACGGCUUGCCACCCACCGGUGGCUGGGGAAUGGGCAUUGAUCGACUGACCAUGUUCCUAACUGACUCCAAUAACAUUAAGGAGGUGCUUUUGUUCCCUGCGAUGAAACCCGAGGAAGCCAAUCGCACACCAGCAGCUAAUGCAACCGAAGUACAGCAGUCUGCUUAAAAAUAGAAGGGAAGCCUUUUAUUUUAUAACACAAUCGCAAACUAUAGUCAUGUUUGUCACAAUUAUUCAUUGAAUAAAAAUAACGUAUUAACUACAUA